UCAUAGUCUCAGAAAAAUAAAAAAAGAAAAGGAACUGCAACAUAACCCUCGUGAGCUUGUGACUUAGUGCAGACUGCUGUCCCCUCCCUCCGCCACGACAUCGCCGCCGGCCGCCGGCCACCGUCCAGCGUCUCACCAUCCGCCGCCACUGAGUGAGCUUAACCUCUGUAGAAAAUCAUCCAAGAAAAACCAAGUUAUGAAGACUCCACAAUCUAAUCCUAACUUGAAAAGGAAAAGAAAAGAAGGUAAAAGUGAGAAGAAAAAGAAAGAGAGUAGAAGGAAGGAGAAAAGGAAAAAUGAUGAUGUCCCUGAAUCUCGUAGCAUGUUGAAGGAUGUCCAUGAUGAUGGAGAAGGGUUUGAUGAUGAGUCUCCAAGAAGCAAUCUUGUGGAAACUGUGCAGCAAGAUCCUGAUAACAGUAAUUCUGGAUUGAUAGAAGGUUCUGAAACUGAAGAUGGUGUUGAGUUUUCUGAUUUAGAUGAAGAGGAUAUUGAAAUUAAUGGUCCGCUUACAUCUGAGGAUUCAGUGCAAUUGAGCUCUUUUUAUUUACAUUUGCACCAUAUUUUAUCAAAAGAAGAAAUUGACAGUCAAAAGAACUGGAAAUAUAGCUGGGAGAUACCAGCUAUUGGUAUGACAAAUUGCAAAUGGACAGGAACUGGAGAUAAUUUUUUGAAGGAUAUGAAUACCAAUUCUUAUGAUGGUCUGAAGGCAAGGCUGUAUGAGCAUUGGAUGGAUAUCAACAAGACAUCUGGAGUUGAUUUAUCUAAACAAAAGAUGUUGUUUUCCCUUUGUAGCAGCUACCGGGAUAUACUUUACUGUAACAAGAGGCCAUUCUAUCUCAAAGGCCCUGAUGACACAAACACAAUGGAUGCAUACAUAAUGCACUCUCUCAAUCAUGUCUUCAGAACUAGAGACUGUGUGAAAAAGAAUGAUUCCAAACUGAAUAGGCUUGAAGAGAAUGCUGAUACUGAUAGAUUUCGAGAUCAAGGUUUUACUCGUCCUAAGGUUUUAAUUGUAUUGCCACUGGCAAGUAUUGUUUACCGUGUAGUAAAGAGGCUUAUACAGCUUACACCUUCAGAUUACAAGGUCAAUGUUGAGUACAUGGAUCGUUUUGCCACUAAAUUUGGAAGUGAAGAGCAUGAAGAUGGCAGUGGAGAUGACCUGGAGUCUCAUAAUGCAAAACCUCAGAAGUCAUCCAAACCGGCUGACUUUCAAUUACUUCUUGAGGGCAACAAUGAGGAUGACUUUAUGAUUGGCAUUAAAUUUACUAGGAAGACAAUCAAGUUGUUUAGUGAUUUCCAUACCUCUGACAUCAUUAUUGCUUCAGCACUUUCCUUGGCUAAUAAAAUUGAAGAGGCUGGCAAUGAUAAGGAAAAAGAUGUAGACUUUCUUUCAUCUAUCGAAGUUCUGAUUAUUGAUCAUGCAGACGUAAUAGCAAUGCAGAAUUGGUCGCACGUGCAUACAGUUAUUGAACAUUUGAACUGCUUGCCAUCUAAGCAGCCCAGAACAGACGUUAUGCGCAUUAGGCCAUGGUAUCUUGAUGAGCAUGCCAGAUUUUACAGGCAAACAGUAAUCCUGGGUUUCUAUUCAAAUCCAGAUAUAAAUGCCUCAUUCAAUCACCAAUGUUUUAAUUAUGAAGGGAAGGUGAAGUUGAUGUGUGAAUAUAAAGGUGUUCUACACAAAGUGCUACCUGAAAUACGACAGGCUUAUGAACGGUUUAAUGUAGACUCAAUAGUAGAUGCUGAUGAUGCCCGUUUUGAUUAUUUUGUUAAGAAGGUUUUUCCAAGAAUAAAAGAUUCUGAUCAGGGAGGGAUUAUGCUAUUUAUCAAUUCUUACUUUGAAUUUGUGCGGAUCCGAAAUUUUUUAAAGUCACAGAAUGCCUCCUUUUGUCUGCUUGGGGAGUAUACAAAACAAAGUGAUAUUUCUCGUGCGCGUCUUUGGUUCUAUGAAGGAAGCAGAAAAAUCAUGCUUUACACAGAGAGAUCUCAUUUUUACCACAGAUACAAGAUUCGUGGGGUUAAGAAUCUAAUCAUUUAUUCGCUCCCAGAGAGGAAGGAGUUUUACCCUGAGAUUGUAAAUAUGCUUGAUGGAUCUGAUGGUAUGCCAUGCACGGCCCUUUUUUCUUGCCUUGACAAGUUUCGGCUGGAAAGAAUUGUUGGAACUACUGUGGCGAAGAGGAUGGUGACUGCAGAGAAAGGCGUUUUUGUUUUUUGUCAUUAGACACUGAUGUAAAAAUUGUUUGAGAGGUUAUAAUUUAGAACUCUAGUAUUUGUAUUUAAUAUGUGUUAUAGUUUUAUCCUUUGAAAACAUUACAACUUCAGUGACGUUUAAUCGUUUUAUUUUAAUA